AUGUCGUCUCAGCCGAAGCUAGUGCACUUGCCAGAUACACAGACAAGGCUGCGAGAGCUGCUAAAUAGGCGGAACCACCACGACACGUACAGCUUCCGGACAACUGGGACUGACAAGAAAUUACCCCGAUACGGGCGCUGCUCUUAUAUCCAUGACGGAAAAGAAAUCCACUCUGACAAUUUUGCGCCAAUCCGCGACGAUGCACGUGCACGUCCUUCAGCAUCAAGCUCGUCAUCGUCCAAAAAAAAUGAAUCACUCGGACUUGCCGAAGACAGUACACCGACGCCUAGAGUAUCAAUUGACAUGAACGAUGCGCUGGAAGAUCCGAUCGUCGUGGAUGUUACGGCAAGCACAGGACUGGAGGCAGAAGGAACGAGAACAACGGGAAACUAUCACAAACCAAGGAGUGGAGGUUGUAGAGCCAAGGAGCAUGCGAAAACGAACGCCAAUUCGAUGAACGCACAAAACAGUGGCGCGUCUUCUUGUGGUGCUGCCGCCUUUGCUCAGAAGAUUGGCAGGUGGCGAGGCAAUGCAGGUAAUUGGCGCAACCAAGAGCCUCCGCUAGAGGUAUUCACCGGUGCAGAGAACACUGUCACUGGUGCUCUGGGGCAGACAUCACGCCCAGGCUCAACACGUAUCAGUCCGGCAGCGCGCAUCAGUCCUUCAAGUCUCAGCGUGGCGAGUACAACUACUAGAGGCGGACCUUCUCGAGGUCAUACUUCUAUGAAAACGUCGAGCAAGUAUUCGCCGCCCCCGCGCAGAUCUAACCUCGUGCCGCCAAGCGCGCCAAACAUGAGACCUAGAUCAUCAUCUCCUCUCUCGGCAAGUCUGACGACUACCGGGUUUGGUCUGAACCUGCAAGAGAAACGACACUCCUAUUGGUGGCAAGGCAUCAAGCACCAGAUCUACCGCCAACAACUUCGCGCUCACAGGAUGGACUUGGUUCACGCAGAGCGAACAAAUAAUGCAAUGAAGACAGGUUCGCAGACAGCAAGAAAUGAUCCAAAAAUCGAGAUAGAUGAUGACACAGGCGGGGAUGAUUAUACAGCUCCUAGUGUUGAGCAGCGCCGCAGGAGCACACCACCUCCAGCUACAAUAAGCAUAGGUCGUGUGGAAGAAAGUAAAGACAGCGUGCUUGGAGAGCCAAGUGGUGGCACGCGACCAAGCUCUGUUGAACGCAAACUUCUGCGUGACUUAGAAGAAUUAGAUAAGGCCCUGAGUACUCUGAGUUUAUAGCACGGGGCACGACGCAAUAGAGGUACUCGAUAGACACUCAAGAUACCUCUUCUGAUUUAUUAAUACGCGCUCGCACAGGACUCGUGUUUAAUAUAAUUAAGCUUUACUCUGCAUCUCCAUCUGCAACCAAUUAUAACUUACGAGUACACACAGGAGAUCAUCAUGACGCUGGCUCGUCGUCAUCAUCACGCUUUUUCGUUGCUCUACUUCACUUUCUUCAUCUUCUUGCAGCUGCUAGCGGCUAGGGUUAGGUUUACAUUUCUUUUACUUUCAAUUUCACUUUGACUGAUACGAGCCACCGUGUGAUGAUCAAUCUUAACUCUCCUUUUGGGUGCUUGAAGUUCAUGCAUAUAAUACGGGAAUG